CUCACGGUUAGCACGUGCUAGUGAUAUAAUCGAUAAAUAAACACGAACAAAAUGUAACCACAAACGAUAUGCGAUCACGCGACACCCAAACGGGCACGCCAUGUCUCAAAAUGCAGAUAUAUUAGAAACAAUCUGUGUUAUCGCUGAAGUCAUUAGUGAUUUUGGAUGUUCGACUAAUAUUCUAAGUACAGGUAUCAACCAUGAGCGGUAAACCAAACAUAACAUAGCCUCCACAAUGGGAUCUCCAACGUAUUCCAUGCAACCAAUCACCAUGAAUCGCUGUCCAAUCCACAUUAUUCUGCCAAUCCUCACCAUCCUAUUACCCUAUACAUCCAUGCUGAAUUUACCCAGUGGAGACCCUGCUCCAGGCAGGUCACCGGGACCACCUUUUGAAGAAACCAAGCUGGAAGGUAAUCAAGACCUACCAAUAGAUUCAUUUGAUGACAACCUGGAACUUCCCAUAGAGAUAUAUGAUGAAACUACCACAGAUAUGACUACAGUAGAAGCAAUAAGUGACGCGUGUGAUUACGCGAGGAUCUCGAGUGACAGUGCUGAGGUGGUGACGCUAGGUGACAGUGAAAGUGAAGUGAAUUUGACGGUUAGCCACCCCGUGUUCGAUACAGCUGAACUGGUGCGAGGUGUUGUUUAUGAUGUUCACCUACAACUCGAGGAUUCAGCGCUCCGAGAUUACGUUCUGCACUCGAUAAUCGGCGGCUCCAUCAGGGGCAACUUCACGCCGACCAGUUUCACCGACAAGCCCUGUGAUACUCCCCCCUACUUCAUUCCGAAGCGAUCGAGAAACAUUCGCGAACAUUCUAGAACUAAGUGGCCUAGUGAAUAUAGGACGAAAAGUGAUUAUUAUUUUAAGCCGCGUUAUAGAGCUGCAAGGUCUGUGCGAAGUAAGGGGAGAUUUCAUAGAUUUCUCUCAGCUGUUGUUGUCAGCGGACCGCUAGAGGGCAGAAGCGCUGUAGCGCUGCGAUGGUCAGUGGACGCUGCGCGUAUAAAUAAGGAGGAAACUAGUGUCGUUUUUAGGUUACGAUAUAGAAAAACAACGAGUACCACCAUUUACCAAGUGUUCUUUACUAAAACUUUAAGAUUAGAUUGUGCGAUAAGAAUACGUAGCGGGCAUUCAGGGCGCGUCCACUCCGGCCAAUUGCCCAGGACGCACGGAUGCCAACUCACCUUCCCCCAAAUCCCACCUCACAACGCCCUCCUUGUAGAUCUGCAUAAGUUCAACGUACCCUGUUCUUCAGGGUACCUCAGAUUCGCCCCCACCUCACCGACGCUGUGCGGUAAGCUCGAACAGAUCCCGCUCCAAUCCAGGAGAUAUCUUUAUCAGUCUUCGUCCAAAAACCCAGAGGUUGAAGUGCACGGGCGACCCACGUUCGCCGCGAUCUACCGUCUCGUUGACCACUGUCAUGAUGUUCUCCUGACGGCUAGAAACGGCUCGUUCGACGUCGGCCCAGCUGUGAAGCUUCUAUGUUCCUACAAAAUCCACUUGCCGUACGGGAACCGUGUGGCGCUCCGCCUACAAAUGGGCACAAAGCCUGAGAAUGAGAAUUCGAAUGUCAUUCACGAAGAGUCGCAAACAUUCUGCAAAGGAAUGGAAUUAGUUCUGCAAGACGGCGAUUCCAGGUGGAAGCAUUGUUCGCGCCCCGGGGAUCCUUUGAGGAGUGUUCAAAUAAUCUCCGAGGGGAAUUCGAUUAGAUUGAACGUCACUAUACUUGGAAAAAGAAAUGCUUCAGCAAUGUGGAUGAAAGUGUGGUGGAUGGAUAAGCCAAUUGAAGAUAUUAUAGGUCAUUGUGACUAUGGCUGGGUAAUAUCUGGGGAUUUUUGUAUCGUUGCCGCUAGGGAAGUGAAAAAAACUUGGAGGCAGGCUGAAGCCGAAUGCGUGAAACUAGGCGGUCAUCUGGUCAGCCUGUCGAACGAGCACCAACAACAGAUUUUAGACCAAGUUUUAACUAACACACCUGGUGCUGGCGUAGAUGACGUAUACUGGAUCGGGGCCACGGAUGCAGUCCAAGAAGGGGAGUUUAGAUGGUCGGAUGGACUUCCAUUUUCUUUUGCACACUGGUUCCCCGGGUGGAGGAAGCACGCCAGUCAGCCGAACGACGACGGCACUUCGGGACAGGACUGCGUGGAGGUGCGCCGCGAGAUGCCGCCGCGCCCGGCGCACCCCACCUUCCUGUGGAACGACAGGAGCUGCAGGGAGAGGAACUACUUCGUCUGCGAACGGCCCGGCAAGAACGAUCCAUACAAAUCGUCCCGCGUCCAGUGCAACGAGACGAUCGUGCUGUCGCACACGCACCAGCACGCGACGGUGUCCAGCCCGGGCUUCCCUCGCCCAUACCCGGACGACGCGGACUGCGUGAGCGAGGUGCGCGCGCCGCCCGCGCACACCAUACGCGUGCACUUCGAGGAGUUGCUCACGGAGUAUGAGCCGCAUUGCAGUUACGACUUCUUAGAGAUCUUGGAGCCGAAUUUAGAAAACAGCACAGAGCAUAGUACUGAAGACUGGGCCAUUCAAGAUCCUCACUCCUAUAGCGCAGAAAACGAGGUAUUGGAGGAGCUAGCGAGCCCGCUGCCCGAGUCGGACGGGCGCAGCGCGGGGUGGCGCGCGGUGGGCGGGGCGGGCGCGGCGGGCGCGGGGGGCGCGGGCGGGGCGCGGCGGCGCGUGUGCGGCGACUGGGGCGGCAAGCUCAAGCUACUGCGGUACCGCUCGCGGGGGCACGUGCUGCGCCUGCGCUUCCGUUCCGACCACUCGAGGCACUUCGCUGGGUACCGCGCUAAGAUCUCGCUCGCCGAUUCUCAAUCAUGUAUGGACUCGAAGCAAAUUCUAUUCAACGGAUACUGCUAUCUGUUUUCUGGUUAUCCGCGAGCUUCGUGGGACACGGCGAAGCAGAUAUGCGAGGGUCUGAACAUGCAGCUCGCGUCCAUCCACUCGGCGGAGGAGCAGCGCUUCAUCGUAUCGGCGGCCCCCGCCGCGCCGCUCGCGUGGCUCGACGGCUCCGCGCUGGGAUAUACCGCGUGGCCGCCCUACAAUGAUACAGAGGAGCCCGAUGACGCGUGUCUCGCUGUGCAGUGGAAGACGUCGCCGGUGCCGUCUCAACCGAGCGGGCUGUACUGGGCGCUGCGGCGCUGCGCGCUCACCGGCGGCUUCGUGUGCAAGCGCCGCCUCGCCGCGCGGCAACUGCGCACCAACCAGACGCUAGAGGGCGCUAGCGGCACGCUGACGAGUCCGUCGCACCCGCUGCCGUACGCGAGCGAGACGGAGCAGCUGAGCCGCGUGCGCGCCGCGCCGCGCGCCCGCCUCGUGUUCGUGCUGCGCGACAUCGACAUCGAGUACCAGCGGGACUGCCUCUAUGACUAUGUCGAGCUACGCGACGUCGUUGGAACUAAAUCGUCUCGGUACUGCGGCACGCUGAGCGAAGUGCGCUGGGUCGCGUCUGGCAAUGAGGCCAUAGUGCACUUCCACUCGGAUUAUAGCAUACAAGGGACUGGGUAUUCGCUGACCUGGGAGGCUGUGGAGCUCGCGGACUGUCCGUCUCGCACGUACACGGCGGAGGCGGGGACGAUCACCAGCCCCAACUACCCGCACUUUCUGCUGCCGGACUUGGACUGCACCAUCGACAUAAUGGCUCCCGCGGGCAAGCGCGUGCUCCUCAACAUAAGCCACUACGACUUCGGGCACGGCGUGUUCGUGAACGGCGUGGCGCGCGACGCGAGCGCGCCGCCGGCGGACGCGUACGUGGAGGUGCGCGCGGGCGCCGCGCCGCUGCGCGCCUUCCAGGACGCCGCGCUGCUCUCCGGCGCGCUCUUCGUGUCGCCCGCCGCCGCGCUGCGCCUGCGCUACCGCACCGGCGCCAACGCCACCGGCGCCGGCUUCCUCGCGCACUACCAGAUGGUGAGCGAGCUGAACAUCUCGCACGUGCUGCAGCUGGGCGCGGCGCGGCGCGGGCGCGUGGCGCCGCCCAACUGGCCGCAGGCGGGCCCGCGCGGCGCCGUGCGGCUGCGCGCCGUGGCGCCGCCCGCGCACACGCUCGCGGCCGCCUUCCGCGACGCCACGCUCGCGCCGCUGUCGCCGCUCGCGCGCCCCGCCUGGCCCUGUGGCGACGGACAGUCCUGGAUUGAGGUGGAGGACCCGUACAGCGGGGCGGCGGGCGCGCGCUGGGCGGCGUGCGCGGCGCGCGGCGCGCCCCCGCAGCUGCUGCGCUCGGCGCUGCACGCGCUCGCGCUCACGCACCGCGCGCGCGCCGCGCCGCUCGACCUGCGCGUCGACCUCGCCGUCGAGAGCGAUCCCGAUUAUCAUAGUAAAAUGCUGGCGCUUCCUGACGAAAUAAAUUUAGAUUCGUGUUUUCCCAACCCCUGUCUCCACGAUGGCCGAUGCACUACAAAUGGUUCCAGAAACUUCUGUCAAUGUACCGGCUACUAUACAGGCGCGCUGUGCGCGCUGACGGCGUGCGAGCGGUCGCCGUGCGUGUACGGCAACUGCUCGGAGUGGGCGGGCGGCGCGUUCCGCUGCGCGUGCGCGCGCGGCUGGCGCGGCCGGCGCUGCGCCGAGCGCGUGCGCGCCUGCGCCGCGCGCCCCUGCAACCACCGCGGCGCCUGCCUCGAGCGCGACGGCGCCUUCCUCUGCCAGUGCAACCCCUCCUGGAAGGGCAAGCGAUGUGAAAUACCCAACCCGACGCCAAACAUUGUCGGUCUGGGCACCAGGAUGAUGCAGGAACCGUUCUGGCUCGGCUUAUUUGCCGUGUUCAUCGUUUUGGGAAUGGUCGGCCUCGUGUGGUGCGCAAAACGACACUUUCCAGAAAAAAUAGAAAAGCUCUUAGCUGAAGAAGCCGACAGGUGUGCGAGACGUUCGCCUUCACCGCGUAAAAAACGAAAUAAUUCAACACCGACCAAAAAAAAUGCAGCAGAGAAGAAACAAAUCUUACAACAACUAAUCAGUCCGGCCGCCGCGAAUGACCAUUCGAAAAAAAUAACCAUGGGGGAGUUGAUACAAAUGACUGAAAAGAAAACCUUGAGCACCGUCGAGAGCGCCCCCGCUUUUGUAGAAUAUGGAGUGGAGCAUAAAGACACUUCGUUCGCUAGUGAAGGAUCGUCGCCGUCGACUUCGCCCUCCAUGCGACAAGUAUCGGAUCCUAAAUUAGAGAAAAAAGUUACUUUUGCCAGAUUGCUUAACAAAGUUUCCGCAGAAAUGAGUUCCAGUUCGGACGUAGACAUGGUGAACACCAUAACGAUACCGAUGGCCGUCAUAUCCGACAGAACGGUGAAAACGAAAGCGUCCAGCACGCCGCCUUCCCCCGGAGUCGAAGUAAGAUCGCCUCACAGCACGUCGAGCAAUCAAGGGAGCGACUCCAUGUCGAGCUUAGAUUUAACAUUAGCGCAUUCAUCAUUAAAGAGAUAUUCUAGGACGCCUAAAAUUUCCAGCGCGGAUUCAAUUCUAGCGAUGUUCCGUAACUUCUCGUCGUCCGCGGCUCUGGCCUCCAGGGCAUCCUCGGGCGCGCUCUCCGCGUCCAGCUCGCCCUCCGCCUCCUCGCCGCAGGACGACACGGCCGACGCCGACGACGCGUCCAUAGCGUCCUCACACAUUCCCUCCUUGGCUCCAGACUCCCCAAUCGCUAGACCGCACAACACCAUCGAGAUUCAGGUUGUGGAUCCGUUGAGUGCCCACAAACCCUCGUCAUCUAGCAAUUUACUCCAUCCUCCGUCCAUCCUUCUCGAAGUGCCAAGUUCAAUCAACAAGUGCCUAUCUCCGAUACGAGAGCUGCCCACACCACUGCCCACGCCGUUGCCCACGCCAUUGCCCACUCCUUUGCCCACUCCAUUGCCCUCGCCGAGGAUGCCCAGAGCGAAAAUGGAGUCGGAUAGUAAAAGCGAAUCUACAACGACAUGUAUUUCACCCAGUGAAGAUGAGUUGGACGAAGUCAAAACUGAGAAAUGUAAAAGGCCAUAUCCAGAGUUACGCCUAAAGUUACGCCAACCAGCUGUAUGCGCGGACAUACCAACUCCUUCGACGCAAAUUACGGACUCGCCCAGCCUCAGCUUCACCCACAGCCAGGACUCCGAGCGCGAGCUGUCCUCCCCCUCCCCCGCGCCGCCCUCCCUCCGCGUUCCUCUCCUCACCAUCGAGAGGCCCUCCCCGGGUUCUCCUCCUCCGAGGCGAACUCCGCCGCACUUAGAAUUUCAACCCCCGCCUUUAAUAACUGUCACGUACAAUGCGAGCGAAGAAUCUGAUGAGCCACUGUCACCGAGACCGCCGCCACCCUCAGCCAACAUGUGCUAUUUGAGUCCGUUUUCUAUGUCGGUGAGGGGCGAGAGAGCUCCUUCUGAAUCAAACCUAUCGUCGUCUGGAUACAGCUCGAUGGCCAGCCCGGGGCCGUCUAGGUGCGGUUCCAGUAACCCCUUGUGUCCAUCAGAGAUGGAAGAUCCUGGUUCUGGCGGGGGUCCGUCUUGUUUUCAAUCCAGAAGAAGGCCGUUGAUGAAAACGAAUUCUAGUCCGGCCACUUCUAAUGAAGGAAACGAUGAGCGGCGGAGAGGCAGAUCAGAUUCAGAAACGCUGUCAGACGAUCCCUUGUUAGAAUCGAACGACGAAGGAAUCGGUACCGACGAGAGAGUGGACGACGUGCCUUCCAGUGCUAAAGAAAUGGAAUCGCUAGCAGCUUUAAAAGAAACUUUAGAAAUACCUCUACCGGCGCUAUGCUCGCCCAGUGGCGUGACCAAGUGUACAAUAGUGAAGUGCAUUAGCGUAGAACGUGGUCUGGACGAAAAGGCGUGUCUGCGUCCGCCUACCUUGUUGUCGGACUGCAGUCGCCCGCUGAGUCCCGUCAGCUCGAGAAGUGAGAGUCCCCUUAGUGACAAGACGGGUUUAGGUAGAUUCUCGCCUCAGUUCUACGGCAGGCAAUUGCCCUUCACCGACUCGGAUGGUCUUUACGAUUUUCCGAGUACGGAAAGCGUGAAGGGGAGCAAUUGUAAGAGCAGCAGCAGUUCGCACAGGAAGUCUGGCAGGAGAAGAGACAGGAGGACGCCGCGGACUGUGUCGCACGAAGUGACGGGCACGACCAAGUCAACGUUGCCGCACAUGCCGCAUUCUAUGCAUAACUUGUUGGAGGUGCCGAGCGGGGCGCGCGGGCGGCGCGCGGGGCGGCGGCGCUCGCGCUCGCAGGCGCCCGCGCUCGCCACCUCGUCCUCCUCCGAGGAGUCCGUCUCCAACGCGUCCAACGCCUCCGUCACCUCCGUCGCCUCUGUGGCCUCCGUCGCCUCCGCCAGGGAGCUCAGGCAGCCCGACUUGGAGAUGCAGUCAGAGCCGACCCGUCUGAGGAAACCGUUACGGCGCGAAAAAUGCCGCAGUUCUGAGGACACCGCAUCGAAAAUAUCAUCUAGUUUAGAUUUAACAGAAGACUCUAGACGACCAGCGAAAGUUAACAAAUUGAGGACCAUAAGUAAUCAGAUAAGGUUUCUUCGUAGGCUCGAACGGAGUCUGCAGAUGAAGGAAAGCUACCCCGCGAUAUCCGACGACGAAGGGGACGAGUCCUCCAGCGUGACGUCACCACUACUCCAAGGUCGUAAGGAGCUCGCCCGCAUGGCCGCCCACGCGAUAUCCGCCCCUCUGCUCAGUGCAGCAAGACCGAAAAUAACUAGACAGAGACGUUACGAUAAAUCCUUGAUACACGACGAAACCAGGACGUUGAGUGCGGCUCCGGAUAAUUCUGAUUGAGUUUUGGGUUCCGUUUUCAGUUUAACGCUUUAGUUGUGUGGUGUUUUGUGUUGUGCGUGGCGAUCUGGUGACCUAACAUGACAUUUUAAAGCAGGAGUAAUUCCAGCGUGGGAAAGUGAUGCCGCUAGUCGACCUAUAUAUGCUGUAGCUGUCUUUUUCUCACAGUAGAUUAGCUCCUACUUUAAGACGUCAUAGUAACCCGCCUCAUCUUCUAAAGCAGCUUCAAACUUAUCAUAGAUAACACAGCUCAUCGUAACCCGAAGCGAAGAAAAUUAAAUUUUACCUAGUGAUAUAAAUAUUUUAAUACCUAUCUACAAUAUUCCUAUGUGUCGACGAACGUACACCUACUUGCAUUAAAAGUUUAAUUAGUGAGGUUGGUGCGUGUGUCUGAAAAUUAGCAAAUUGAUCAAUUUUGAUAUCAACUAUAUUUAUAAAAGACGUGCGUUCACAAAUUUUACAAUAUUCUAAGCUAAUGUGAUAUAUUGUAAGUGUCAUGGAAUUGUAGUGUUGUUACAGUAGACAUUAUUAUUAUUAUUUCGAUAGUUAUAAAAUUUCAUUUUAAUGUCUUCUUGUAGUUUUACUUAGGAAAUUAAUAAUGUAAAUAAUUUUUUCAUAGCAAUAACUUGUUUUAUGCAUUAUUACAUAAUAUAAACUGUAAGCGGUUAGACUAGAAACGCCCAUCUUAUGAUCCUACUUAUGACUGUCAAUGAAUAAUUGAAUAUUAUUUGAACUUUCUCUUUGUUUCCGCACUCCGCUAAUACCUUUCUAUUUACAUCUACUAUCUAUUGUAAAAAAUGUUUUUGUAAAUAUUUUUUAAACAUAUUGCUCAAAUGCAUAUUUUGUGAAGUUGUCUUUUGCGCACUAUUUGCUACUUUGUAAAUACAAAUUUAUUUUGUAAUGUAAAUACCGGGACAUGAGAGAAUUUUUCUUUCUUUUUAAAAAGUAAAUUUACGUGAAAUCCUGUAAAUUGUUAGACGGUAAGAUGAAAAAACGAAAGGCCCAAAAAAAUCUGUAUACCAAAUGCACAAUUACUAUUGUAUUUAUCUAGGCACCCUAACUGCUAAGGAUCGUAGUUACUGCAUGUAACAACGUUGUUUUAUGGUAACUUCGCACCAAUAGAAUAGGAACUGCAAAAUUUAGACGAUUAACUUUCAUACUCACUUCAUUCUUAAUAACCUACGUUAUUCCAAAUUAUUAAUUAAUCUAAUAUUACACUUGUAAAAGUACACGACAGCAAAAUUAAAAUAUUAACAAGAAUAGAUAAAUAGUUCGUCAUGGCAAUAGGACUAAGAGGAAAAGUUUCAUUUGUCCAAUUUCAUGAAAUUCAUCGAACAGUGCAAUUAUUGAUAAUUUCAGCAAUAAAUAGAACCUAGAUGUGAUGUUUUUAAAGACUGAAGUUCUAAAUGUGCGUGUACCAGCUAAGCCGUAAGCGUCGAUGUUGUGUGACCGUAGCCGGCGGGCCGGGGGCUCACUGGGGACUGCCAUUCCUUUACGUGCCGUGCCACAAUGUUCUCGCAACAAUAAAUUAUAUAUUUAGAAAAGUGUUGUCUAUGUUUAUAAUGUAUUAUUUGUAUUUUUUAUUUUAUUUCGUAUUUUAUUGCAUGGAAUAUAAUUUAAUUACUAAAAUAGCUACUUACUAUUUUAUUAGAAAGAAUUAUUCCUGCUUUUUUACUCCUCAAUUAUUUGCAAUGAACUUAUUUUUAUGUUUCGUCAUUUAUAGACGAUGGCAACACAGUCCAUUUGUCACUUUGCAACUUGACCAAAAACUUAAACCCGCGGCCAUAGCCCAUGAGCUACUUAGCCGCUUGUAGAUUUUUUAACCAAAUUUCCUUGAGCUUUCGCUUUUCGUGUUAAAUAUUGUAUUAACUAAAACGUAUAAAAAUAAUGGCCUGUUGUUGAGACUGAUUUUCUAAAACUUAUAUUCUUAAAUCUAACUUGAUUCUUUUUCUUUAAGGCGUCGUAAUAUUCUUCGCUUUCUGUAUAACUGUUUAAAUCUAAGGAUUAGUGUUAACGUUUAAUUAAACUAAAGCGAUGUUGGCAUAAACGAUUAAUUAAAUUAAGCUUCUAUUGUUAUUCAACUACAUUAUUUUUUGACCUUACUGUAGUAUUUUCCUUGAAAAUUCCAUGUUUUGAUCUCAUUUGUUUUUUUAUUUAUUGUCGAUGAAAAUGUUUAUUAUACUAUAAUAAAUCGCAAUAUUAGUGACGUGUGCACAUAAUAUAAGCAAUAUUUAUUCUUAGUGUUAACUAUCUUUAUAAUUAUAUUGUAUUAGAACCUACACAAAUAAUCGCUGUGGUCAUAAGUCAUGAUAUUGUGUGGCACAGAUCAUGAUUGAAAAUUGAAAAUAUGGUUCAAUGAUAGAUUGAAUUCGAAUACUCAGGCCCUAGAUUUAAAUAGAGAGCUGUUAGGCGAACACAACUUAAUCGGCUUCACACGUUCUAAAUAGGUAUCUAUCUAAUUUAUCAUGGUCUAUACUUAAAUACGCUACGCAAAAUAUUACCUAUUUUAUUUUUGGUUCUGAAACUCGAAUUUAUUCUAAGGAAAUUAUAAUUGAUAAAGUAGGACCAUUGUAAAAUAAGUCACCUACUAAUAUUACUAAGUGCACCUUUGUAGUUGUAAGAAUUUUAACAAAAUACAGCGAAACCUCGAUGACCUCAGAGGUUAUCUUUAAACUCUGUUAUGUAUUUGUAAUUAUUUGUUCUUGAAUUUAAACUUAUACAGUUAUGAGGCAUAGAGAUCAUAGAAUAUUUACUAUCUAUUUCCGAUUUUGAAAUUAUCGAAGUUUCACUGUACUUUAAAAUAUCUAUUCUUCGAAGGCCCUCCUUUUUCAAUUAAGAUUAGUAUGUUACCUGUUAAAUUGAAAAAGAAUGUUCAAAAUUCGCUAUGAUAAGAUCAACCUUGCCAUAUAAAACACGACCGUUUGGUUCAAGCGCCACAUCAGUUCUAUCGAAACUUAAGUCAAAGCAGCAAUAUCAAAGGGUCUCGCAUUUGUUCCGUUGUGUUACUUUCAAUUGUUAUCUCGUCUAGAGCAAUGAUUGUAAAUAUAUAAGUUUUACACCACGC